AGUUACACUGUAAAGAAUAAUUGUKUGUCAAGAAUCUGCUCAGUAGAUUUUUUCAAACCAUUAACUUACACGAGCAAACUUAGCUCUUUUAUUACAACACACUGAGGAAGUUCUGACCGAAACGUCUGCRUUUUUCAUUAAAACCUUAGGCUAGCGACAAAUAUUUUURUUCAAUUUUUAAUAUGUUUUUAGCUGCAAUUUUAAAUACCUGCUCAGCACAUUGAUUGUAGUUAUUUGAUUAUUAUAAUACAUGAUUGUAUAGUGCAACACUUAAGGCAAUUGGUCUCUGUAAAUUAUCAAAUGCCACUAAUUGGUUAACAUUUCCAGGGCGGUCUUAUUAAGAUAAAAGAUUUUACAUCUGAAGAACUUCUUGGUAUUAUGGAUGAGUUAUUAGCUUGCUUGGUGACAUGGUUAGAUGGUCAUUCCCUUGUGCAGACUGUAUUUAUAUGUCUAUAUAUGCAUGAUCCUUUUCUUAUUCAAGACCCUUGUCUUAAGGCAUUCUGUGUUGCUGUGUUGAAGUGCUGUGAGUUUAUAAGAAUUGCUGUAAAUACUGCCCAGGUCUUCGAAGAGGAAGACUUYCAGUCAAUGACAUAUGGUUUUAAAAUGGGUAGUCCUGUCAGUGAGCCUAGAGCUGCAGGAAUGCUGAAAGAAGCAGAAGAAGAAAUUGCUAAGAAAAUAAAGAGUGCUAGAGUGUCAAUAAAAACAGAUCCCAUGACAACAGAUCUUCAGGCAGAAAUAAAGAAGAAUGAAGCCAUCCUUGCAAGACUCAAGUUUUUAAAGGCUUUUUACUGCUCUAUUGUGGCUCUGGAUAAACAUGAAUGCAGUGGUGUGAGUACAGCAAAACAGCUUCUUAAUACAGCAUUGACCUUAGUUGAUCCUAUUAAAAAAACAAUUGAGCUUGGUACACAUGGAGAUUUAGAGAAAGGUACAUGUAUCCCUUGGUAACUAGAACCUAUUGUUUUGUCCUCCAGUUGUAGUUGUAUUCCUACCCACAA